AGGAGGUGACGCGGCGACGGAGGCGGAGCAUUCCGGCCGACUCUCCAGCGUGUCUUAAGCAACAUGAAACAUGGAUGAGGAGGUCGCGGAAAGUUGGGAGGAAGCAGCUGAUAGUGGGGAAAUGGAAAGACGGUUAGAGGAGAAACUACGGAUAAGUCAGAGAGAAAAGGACUCAAACAAUCAUCCACGCCCCCCUCUAAAGGCAUCACUUGUCAUCCAGGACGACUCUCUCCCAAUGGCACCGCCUCCUCAGAUUAGGAUACUAAAGCGCCCUACAAGCAAUGGGUCGCUGGGGUCUCCCCUCAACCAAAACAGACCGACGCCGCAGGUCAAAUCUCUGGCCCAGCGAGAAGCUGAGUAUGCUGAGGCCCGAAAGAGAAUACUGGGCAGCGCCUGUCCAGAAGACACGCCUCAGGAUAAUAAAACCAACCAUGACAGGUCUGGAAGAGUUAACCCCUCGUCAGCAUCUGAGGACACUAGAUCAAACAAUCACACUGUCCGACAGCCCGCUGGGUCCGACGGCAACCACGGGUUCCGGCAGCACAGAUAAUUGGACCGCAGAGCAGCAAAGUGGAGGGACAGCGAGCAGCAUCUUUUUUUUUUUUUUUGGUUCACUUCCUCAGAUCGGACUGUGUUGAGAGGCUCACUGCCCUCUUCUCUCUGCUCUGUUUGACACUGUGACUUUACCUGGACUCACUGUGAUGGCCCCUUUAAAAAGCUCUGCCCCUGUUUAUCCAUCACCGCAGCAGACAAAGACUAACAGAGGAGCGAUGGGAAGAGCUUCUCAGCAAUAAUCUCAAACCCAAGUCGUCAUCGAAGCUGCAACUUGAAACAAAAAAACUCCACCAGUCAGUGUAAGGGUUCAACUCCGCUGUGUUUCUAAAAUGGGAGCGUUUCUAUUGGUGUUUUUAAGUGCAGUGUCAGCGCAUCCCUCAUAAUCAAGCUGCCAUUUGUUUUUAAAGAGCGACAGGGUUUGUGUGUCAAGUUGCGUAUGUUUACGGGUUUUUCUUUUUCUCAACAAGUUGUGCUUUAUCAGCAGUCCCCAAGACUGCUGUCGUCUAUUUUAUUUGAUGUUCCAGAUACGUUUUUUUAAAUGAGGUUAAAUGUCCAUUUUUUUGUCUAGCUUCUCUGCCUUUUGGGGGGUAUUUUUAACAAACCAAAACCUGUCAAACUGUAUAUAUAAGUGUCUCUUGGAAGUUUUAAAAGGUUUGGAGGAUUUACUGAUUCGCUAUCAGGAUCUGUGCUGCUGCGUGGCAGCUGGGAAGAACGGUGAAUGUGAACCAGACUGAAUGAAAUGAAUCAAGAUUGUAUAUUUUUUUAACUGGUGGAUCUGAAAGUUGGAUUCUGAUCAGCUCCACGUUUGUCAUAGGACACAAAAUCGCAAUAAAAUCAUCUCCUUCGUGGUCAGAUCAACAGUUUCUUCAGCUGGUCAAUAAGAGCUUUUUUUUUUAAAUCAAAGAACCCAAAGCCAUAUAUUCAGUCGCAGAGGCUCCGUCAUGGUUGUGCCUCCUGAAUCUUUACUUCCUGCUUGUUCUUGAAGACCAGCACAAAAAUCUUUAAGACAAACCGAGUCAUUGGUAUACUGCCUGUCAAAACAGAUUUAAUAAAAAAAUCAGUCACAA